AUGCCAAGUAUUGACCAUAAUGAAAAAUACUUUUGGCAAAUAGCUUUACCAGUUGCAUUUGCGGUUAUUUGUUUUUUGAUGAGAGAUAUGAUCUUGUGGUGGUUCAGGAGAACAAUACAGAGGAGAGGGAUUUCGAAGAAUAGGAAGGGGAGGGAAAGGAGAGAGAGUAGAAAGAAAGGAAUGAAGGAGAGAAGAAAUAGGUGA